AUGGAGGCGGACAUCAAGGAUGUCACCAACAUUCCUCUUUCGCCCUCCAUGCAAUCGGAUAGGAUUGUUUGGCAUUUCUCCGAUGACGGUCAUUACUCUGUUAAAACGGCCUACAAGCUGGCCAGCUCCCUUACUCUUGACGAGACCCACAAGGUAGAUGGUAAUUGGAGAGUUCUUUGGCGUAUGGAUGUGCCUCCUAAGGUGCGGCAUUUUCUUUGGAGAGCUGCUCGUAAUAACCUUCCUACUAAAGAAAAUCUACUUUCUCGGGGCCUGACCGUUGGAGGUGAAUGCCCUAUCUGUCGAAGUGGCUAUGAGAAUACUUGGCAUAUUUUCUUUGCUUGCCCUUUUGCAGAAACUUGCUGGCGGACCAGCAAUCUGUUCCCUCAUGUUGACUCUAUCACCGCGAGGAGUGACUCGUUUACGCAAGCGUUGACGCGGGUUCUUGAUGACAAGAACGUGAACCGUAAGGCGAACGUUGGCAUGAUUUUAUGGCAAAUCUGGAGAGACCGUAAUACCGUUGUUUGGAAGGAGGUUUUCCCGAACCCUGCUAAGUCCGUGGAUUCAGCUUUGGGCCGCUCUGAUUGGCUCUCGGCUCGGCAGCCCACUGAAGGGUGCAGCAGUUCUUCAUCCCCAACUGCUCGCUGUUUGGGUUGGCACACUCUCCCUACAGGCUCCAUUCUGUGCAGCGUUGAUGCUGCCUUCUUUGAAGAUUAG